AUGGAAGAUAUGCCCUCUUUCCAUUGGGUAAAUGAUGUUAAUCCAAUUUCAGUUACCCCUGAUUACAUACUUCCACAAGAAAAAAGGCCAAAUCUUACAAACCUAUCUCACUUAAUUUCGCUUCCAGUUAUUGACAUGAAUAAGGAAAAUGAGAUUUUAGUUCAUGAGAUAGCAAAAGCAUGUGAAGAAUUUGGAUUUUUUAUGCUUAUUAAUCAUGGUAUUUCCCAAGAAUUGUGCUACAAUGUACUGAAUGUCAUUACAAAUUUUUUCUAUCUACCUCAGCAAGAAAAGGCUAAGUUCUUCUCAACUUGUCAUAUGGAGGAUGGGAAGAUUUCAAGGUACUACCUAUGUGAUGAUUAUCAAGCAACUAAGAAAAAGACUGACUUAUGGUGUGAGGCCUUUUACCAUACUUGGGAUCCUUUUGAUCUUACUUUCAUCCAGAACUUGCCCCAGAGUCCUCCUAACUACCGGGAAACUAUUGUGUCAUAUGCGAAGGAGAUCGGGCCUCUAAUGCUACGAUUAUUAUGCUUAAUUUCUCAAGGACUUGGGCUGAGCAAACAUUAUCUACAAAGAAGUAUAAUAUUACAAGAGCAAGGGGUUACAGGCCUGCAUGUCCUCAAAGAUCAACAAUGGGUUGCUGUUCAUCCUAUUCCUGCUUCCCUUGUUGUUAAUGUGGCUGAUCAAUUGCAGACAGGGUGCAUCUUUCGGAGAGUUCUGUCCGUCAACUACAAAAGUUUAGAUAUUACAAAGAUUUUAAUCGGAACAGAUUGUCUGUUCAAAAUUAAUUGUAAAAUGGCUUUUGAUGUUGAGGUUGAUAGCUCAAACUUUUUGACAUGGGAAGCUCCCCAAGAUUUUCUCCUGUCUGGCGCAGUUUCUAGAAGUCAUGUUGUAAGAGGGAACGGAAAAAAAUCGCAGGUCUCUGACUUUAACAACGAGGAACCUCCGGUGAUCAAUGAUGAAUUGGCACAAUUUCAAAUGGUCCCCAGUUAA